AGUAGCUGUCGUUUUGAUAACCUAUGCAGAAAUCAUCAUCAGUGUCAAGUCUCGACACUGAUAAAUUACAGAGUCAAGCCAAAAACAUAAUUAUGCCCGCGAACGUAAACUCUAUUGUUUUAUUGCAAGCUCUCCAGAUGUGAGUUUUCUAGGACGGAUAAACAAAAAGCCGUUGCUUUUCCAGUCCCGACUACGGUAAAAUAUGGCCAAUCCAUAGAAAACGAGUAUUUCCGAGAAAGGGGGUCAAAUUCUGAUACUUUUUUGUGCUGCACGUUGUUUCCAGUCCCAGUCUCUCUCCGAUCAUGUGUUUUCUGCUGCAUCAUCAAUAGUACGGCAUUUCUUAGCCGGCGUUUACAAGAUGGUAGGAAUUUCACCAACAAAGACAGCAAUGGAAUUCAUUGCUAUCUUCUUCGCUUUUGCUUUGCUCAACACAUGUUCUUGUGCAUCCCCUGGAUUUGUUCUGGAAAACUACAGCCAGCUCGCACAGAAGUUCGGCUUUCCAUCGUUGCCUCCUCUCCCUAUAAAGUUUAACUUCUCAGACAUCUCCAAAGAGUGCCAGGAUACUGUUGCAAACCUUUUACAAUUACCAGUUGCGUAUUCCUAUGUGGAUGCGAUCGGCAAACCUCAAAGUGGACUUUUUCUGGGGAACACUGGUUGGUUAGGAUCUUACAGUGAGUGUACUGAAACCAUACCUGAUGCUCAUUAUUGUUUGGCCUAUCUGUCUUUUACACAGCCUCCUUUAAAUAUUACCAAGUUGUUUCCUGUCCGCUGGGGAAUUUGUGCACCCAAACAAUGCAGUGAAGAGGAUGUAACCAGAGGUCUGCAAGAUGUAUUUACAGGGAUUAAUAAUUAUGCAAAUAAAACAGAAGUGGUGUUGAGGCCAGGAGCACAGCCAUUUCCAGGACAAGAUGCAAAUGGAAAAUCUGUUUACUGUAGCAAAAAAUCAGAAUACACAACAGGAGCAAUACUCACUUUGAUUUUGUGUGGAUUAAUCCUGUUCCUCUGCCUCUUUGGGACAAUUCUUGACAUUGUAAUUAGUUUCAUGAAGAGGCCAUUUGUACCUGUCAGCAAAACUAGUGGCUUCAUGCCAAUCAGAGAUGAUUCUUUACCAAUACUUCAAGGCCAGGGGUCUGAUUCAUUUGCACAAAGUCACCAAAGCAGUGUUCACCCACCUUCUGAUGAGAUAAUUGGUUCAUCCACCAGAUUGACAAGCUUCCCUUAUCAGAAAAAUGAGCCUAAUAUGAUUGUGCAGUUUUUCCUGUGUUUCUCAUUAAUUCAAAACACAAGCCGUAUUAUGGACACCAAAGUCUCUACCAGUGCUGUUACGUCAAUCAAUGGAAUGAGAGUGAUGAGUAUGUGGUGGGUGAUCCUGGGACAUGUGUAUGCUUUCCAAUUAGGAUCCUCCAUUAGUAACUUUGUGUUAUUUUUUCAAUUACUUCAACGAUUUACGUUUGAGGCUAUUGGGAAUGCAACGUUUUCAGUGGAUAGUUUCUUCUUUCUGAGUGGUCUCUUGGUUUCUUAUUUGUCUUUGCGUCACAUGGAGAAGAAAAAUGGACAGCUGCCACUCUUUAAAUACUACUUCCAUCGUUUUUGGAGGUUAACUCCAGCUUACAUGUUCGUUUUGUUGUUUUACGACAAACUGAAUGGAUUUCUUGGUGACGGCCCUUUUUGGUAUCAAGCCCAGGAAAAGAACCCGUGUGACAAGUACUGGUGGACCAACUUACUCUACAUUAACAACUUCUAUCCAACUAGUUUUGGUGCAUCGUGUUUUAACUGGAGCUGGUACCUAGCAAAUGACAUGCAAUUUUAUAUCAUUGCUCCCGCCGUUCUCUUUGUGGCGUACAGGUUUCGACUGCGAGGACUGAUUGUGUUUGUUGCUCUGUUACUGGGUAUCAGUUUUACCACCACAGCUGUUAUCUAUGCUCACUAUGACCUUCCUGCUGUUGUAAUCAGUAAAGCUGCUUUAGAUGCCGCGGGGCGUGGAGUGGAUUCCAUGUCUCUGACUUACGUCAAGCCUUACUGUCGUAUUUCACCGUAUCUUGUUGGCAUAGUAACAGGAUACUUACUUCUUCACGUAAAGGACUGGAGACUUUCCACCAAGGUUCAGACGUACUUGUUCAACAUGGCUGGCUGGUGUGUUGCUAUUGUUCUCGCUCUGUCUACUCUGUAUGGUCAGUACAAAGCGUUAAGGAAAGACAAUCCCGUGCAAUUUUCUCGCGCUGAGAAUAUCAUGUACGGAACUUUCUCACGUUUCGCGUGGAGCCUGGCAUUAGCCUGGGUGAUAUUUGCUUGCCAUAACGGGCUUGGAGGCCUGGUGAAUAAAUUCCUGUCGGCUCGAUUCUGGAUUCCACUGAGCCGGCUGACGUAUUGUGCCUAUCUGGUUCACCCUAUCAUCAUCUUUGCUCUGUUUCAGUCGUAUGAGACUGUUCGGGCAUAUUCUGAUGUCCACAUUGCAUUUUGUUUUGUCGGUGUACUUGGCAUUUCGUAUGCAGUGGCCUUUAUUGUGUCAGUGUGUGUGGAAUAUCCCAUGAUGCAGUUGGAGAAGUUUAUUUUUAAAAGUGACAACUGAGCUCAGAUGUCAUGGAUAAAAGUGUCUGAUUAAGACCAGUCGUUCCUGCGAUGCCAUACAACCAAUUUUAAUAGAUGCUCUAUUAACAACGUGCAAUAAUUUUAUUUUUUAUAUAUUUCUAUAGACAUUAAAAAGAUAACAUAUAUGAGAAUCACAGUUAAAGUAUAUUCGCUAUGAUUUUUCAGACUUUUUAUGAAAUUUGUUAAUGAAAAAGUUGAUUAAGUAUAUGAUUUAUAAUUAGCUGCAGAAUCUACCUUAGAAACAAAAGUAAACUCAAAGUUUUCCUUAAGAUUCGUAACAAAAGCCAUUUACAGGGUACGUUUUGGGAGGUUAACAUGAUACCCUUGCAGGGGGAGGGUACGGCUACACGUAGGCUAUAUGAUACGUUAAUGGGUUUGGAUAUCUUGAGAUUCGAAGUAGAAGGACUUAAAGAAUUACUUAGUUUUUUUA